AUGUAUCGCGACAUUGCGCACGCGGUUUACAAGCGGGGUGAAUCCUCGAUGGGAGGCUACGAGAUGCCCGGUUGGGGCUGGGGUCUUAUACUGCUCGAUAUCAUAGUAUUCUUGCCUUUAUUUAUGACGGUCAAUUACACCCUCCAACAUGUGUUCCCUACACUCGCCAUCGUUGAGGAUCCGUCUCCUCCGGCUUACGAGCCCGUCUCUCUAAACGAUGACGCCCAAUCCCUCGCCGAAGAGAACGCCCCCGUUGCCGAUGAAGCUGCUCGUGGUGGUUCCCAGGCCCGCCUCGUUACCUCGUCCGUCCGUUCAACCUACCGCACUCUAACUGCGAUCAGCGGUUUCCGCUCUCUAUUCCGUGGUCUUGCCUGCUACUUUGCCUUGACCUUCUCAAGCAGCGUCGUCUUCGGGAUCCUAUCUAGCACGUUUGUGCCUUCUCUCAUUGCCGCUCCGAUUUCUGCCGUGGCUCUCGUACAGGUCUACACAGCAUGGACACAUAUCGUCAUCUCCGCGCCAAGCUCCAAGACUUUCUGGCAGCGCCUGCCUCCCUUCAAGAAGGCCUUCCAGGCUACUGCGCUCCCAGUCGUCAUGUUCUUCUUUGCCAAGGAGCUCUCUACAUUUGUUCCGAAGAUGCUUGCGUAUGGCAUGUCCAUGAACUUACCCGACCCCAAGCAGCCCGGUGUUAUUCCUGAGGGUGACAAGAACGACAUCUGGAAGGCGGUCCUAGUUCUUCUCCUAGCUCUCGUCAUGAACAUCUUCCUCGUCAUCCCUACCCAGGUUAUCCUUACCCGAGUCCAGGCUUCCCUUCUUCCCGAUGAGGAUGACACCAUCGUGCCUUUCGACCGUUCGUUCCAGGGCAAGGUGGAGCCUGCUAUUGUUGGCGGCAAGGGUUUCGUUACGAUUAAGGAUGCGUGGCAGUCAUUCCCUCGCGCGUCGUGGAUCCGACUUGUCAAGCUUUACGUCAAGAUCUUCGCAGCCGGCCUGGUCCUUGGCCUGCUCUGGAUGGCAGUUGUCAUUCCUGAGGUGCUGCUUAUCAUGAGCCGCAGCAAGAAGAUCGAGUAA